AUGUAUGAGGAGUUGGUGUUAAAAGUGAAGAAUAUUGGGGACUUGGCUGCUCUCGAAUCAUUAGAUCUCUCCCAGAACCAGCUCUCAGGAAGGAUCCCGAAUAAUUUAGCACAACUCACUUUCCUUGCAUAUUUUAAUGUAUCCCAUAAUUAUCUCUUCGGGCCUAUACCACUUGGUGAACAAUUCGAUACAUUCCUGGAGGACUCGUACGAAGGAAACUCAGGUCUGUGUGGAAAGUAUCUGCCAAAGAAAUCUGAAGAUUCUGAGAGCUCAACGUGGCCACCACCAUCAAUCGUGGGAGAAGAUGAAGACUCUGUAUUUCAAAUUGCACUAGAUUGGUACGUGGUUGUGCCAGGAGUUGUUAGUGGUCUUGUUGGGGACAUAUGGACAACAAAGAAGCACGAAUGGUUUGUGGAGACAUUUAGCAGGAGGAGGAAGCCAAGAGGCACAAGGGCUACGAGGGGAAGCAGAACUUAG